AUGCCGCUGAAAAAUGCUCAAAGAUCAUUUUUGAAGGCAAAAGAGCUAAGACGGCAAAAAGCUUUGAGAGCAGUGGAAGAUUCGCAUUUACCAUUUUCCAAGGAUCGAGUGCCAACUAAUAAACACCAUUUGAGGCGGUGCAUCAGUGCUGAAACAUCUGAAUGGAAAGGAAAAAAUACGUUUAAGGCCUCCGCUAUCCCAUUAGCCAUUUAUUUUCCUCCUUAUAAAAAUGAACAUCUUGUGUCAAUUAGAGCAAAAGAAAGAGCGGAGAGAUCAUCGAAUCUGCUAAAAUCGAGUCGCUCUCCUCCUGGAUUGCAGGAACAUGCGAUUCGUUCAAAAGUUCAACACAAUAUUCGACAUGGAAGACUUUGCGCAACUCAAAUCAAACCAGUACCGGAUUUUAAAAAGUUGCAUCAACAAAUGUCAGAAAAAUUGGAAAAUGCUAAAAAUCGACCUUCGACCAUCAUUACACCAUUUCGUUUCAAAACAAAUGAAAGAAUUCGUCAGCAUCACGUAUGA